AUGCAAUCAUUUAAGGGUGCUAAGCCGCUGAAAGGUUCUCAAGCUAUGGAGCAUUAUAUGCCGGAAAUUUUCUGGCACGACAGGAAAGCGUUAUUGUCCGUGCACUUCGGCAGCACAAAGAAUUCGGGCGAUACUUAUAAGAUCGUCACGACAAGUGUUCAAAAAGAAGUGCGUAUUUGGAGUUUUGAAUUUGUAAACGAGAGCGGUGGACAAGGACGUGAUGCAUUGGCAGUGAAUUUCGUUGCGAAUUUGGUUGGCCAUCGAGGUGUCGUGAAUGUGGCUCGAUUCUCACCUGAUGGCGAAAUACUGGCGUCAGGUGAUUGUGAUGGCCAGGUGUUUCUUUGGAAAAUUGGGCCUGAGGUACCGAUUGCGUCUUCAAUAGAGACAUGUCAAAUGGACGAUUUACCACCGAAUAAAGAGAACUGGGUACGGAUGAGAGCACCGCUGAGGCACGAUAGUGACGUUUGUUCAUUGUGUUGGAACGGAGAUGGUCAAUAUUUGGCCACUGUAUCAAACGAUGAAUCAAUUGUUGUGCAUAAUAUUAAAACAGGCUCUCGUCUUUGGUCGAUUCGAAAUUAUCGUCAUUUUCCGAAUGGAGUCGUGUGGGAUCCGAGAGGGAAAUACGUUGUGACGAUGUCAACCGAUCGAAAACUGGAUAUUAUUGAUGCCGCGAAAGGCAGUAAAUUGAAAUGCAUUUGGACUGUACAUAUGAAGUCGAGCGUUGUUUGCGGGGAGCAUUUGCAUGACGAGAACUAUAAAUUGUUUCACGAUGACCAAUUGAUAAGUUUUGCGAGAGGACCAGAUUUCACACCGGACGGAGAAUUGCUCAUUGUUCCCUGUGCUCAUUUAGAGAUAGGUAGUUCGAAUAUUUACGGCACUUAUAUCUUUCGUCGUUGUGAUUUUGACAAAGAUCGACCGUAUGCCUUUCUACCUUCACCAAAACCGACUUUGAGAGUAGCGUGUAGCCCGGUCACAUAUAAAUUGCGAAGUGACAUCUCAGAGAAUGCCUUAGGAUUUGAUUAUCGAACCGUCUGGGCUGUGCUAACCAGUGAUUCGGUAAUAAUUUAUGAUAGUCAGUGUGUGAAACCGUUUGCCUAUGUUGGCAAUAUUCAUUACAAUACACUAACUGAC